AAACUCAACAAAUCAAUCACUAGGAUCAUCAGCACCCAGCACCAGGCAUAUCACAUGACCACCAUGGCUCUCUCAUCUCCAUUUGUAGGCAAGGUGGUUCCGUUGAACCCAGGCACAGAGUUCUCAUCGAAGGUUCGCGGCGAUGGUAGAAUCUCAAUGAGGAAGUCAUUUGCGAAGCCAUCUGGAAGCCCCUGGUAUGGCCCUGACCGUGUUAAGUACCUGGGACCAUUUUCUGGUGAGCCUCCAUCCUACCUUACCGGUGAGUUCCCUGGUGACUACGGGUGGGACACUGCAGGACUAUCAGCAGAUCCCGAAACCUUUGCCAAGAACCGAGAGCUCGAGGUGAUUCACUGCAGGUGGGCAAUGCUUGGGGCUUUGGGAUGUGUCUUCCCUGAGCUUCUCUCCAGAAAUGGAGUCAAGUUUGGUGAGGCAGUGUGGUUCAAGGCUGGUGCUCAGAUUUUCAGCGAGGGUGGUCUCGACUACCUUGGGAACCCGGGUCUAGUUCAUGCUCAGAGCAUCUUAGCCAUAUGGGCUUGCCAGGUUAUCCUCAUGGGUGCUGUUGAGGGGUACCGCAUUGGAGGAGGACCUCUUGGUGAGGUGAUUGACCCUCUGUACCCAGGUGGGAGCUUUGACCCAUUGGGACUUGCUGAUGAUCCUGAGGCAUUUGCUGAGCUUAAGGUGAAGGAAAUCAAGAACGGGCGUCUUGCCAUGUUCUCCAUGUUUGGUUUCUUUGUGCAGGCUAUUGUAACCGGCAAAGGACCUUUGGAGAACCUUGCUGACCAUCUAGCCGACCCAGUGAACAACAACGCCUGGGCCUAUGCCACCAACUUUGUGCCUGGGAAGUGAGAUCACUAGAUGUAACCUAAGCUUGUAAAUUUAUGCCAUGUAAUGUAUGGUAUUCAUCAUGAUUAGAAGUACUAAAAUCAAUGGGCGUCCAAA